CUUGGGACAGGUUCAUCUCAGAGCAUCUUCAUACUGGAGUGACUGGUUGAGUUUGUAAACUGUCGGCAGAAUGGGGAGAGAAUGAAAACAACACGCUCCAUAAUCAGAGGAUCAGGGUGUGCAGAAUAUAGUCCUGUUUAGAAAAAGAGAGAAAUGUCUUUGUCCUUCUACAACUGCUCCAGUCCAGAGCUUGCUCAGCACCAUAAGGAUUUGCCACGUAGCGUGGAUAAAGUAGACGCCUUAAACCGGAGUCAUGCAGAUUAUGUGUCAGGGUUUGGUUAUCCUGUGUCUGAUGACUGUAACCUAACUGAGGAGGAAUUACUCUUCAAGUAUCUGGGACCCCGCAGAUCCACUUACUUCACUCCAAUCUGCAUUGUGUACUUGCUGAUAUUUUUGGUUGGUGUUGUAGGAAAUACUCUUACCUGUAUUGUAAUCAUCAAACACAAAAUUAUGAGAACACCUACCAAUUACUAUCUGUUCAGCUUGGCUAUUUCUGACCUGCUUGUCCUUCUUCUUGGAAUGCCCCUGGAACUUUAUGAGCUGUGGUGUAACUACCCAUUUCUUUUUGGUAAAGGUGGUUGCUACUUUAAGACGUUACUCUUUGAGACAGUCUGCUUUGCCUCCAUCUUAAAUGUGACUGCGUUGAGUGUGGAAAGGUAUAUAGCUGUGGUGCACCCUCUGCGUGCCAAGUACGUAGUUACCAGAAACCAUGCUAAAAGACUCAUCAUCACAGUGUGGGUCAUCUCUAUCCUGUGCUCUAUUCCCAACACUAGCCUCCAUGGUGAUGUUCCACUUUAUAUAGCAAGCCGUGGUGUUGUACCCAAUUCUUCCAUCUGCACUUUGGUGAGGCCACCCUGGAUUUACAAUCUUAUCAUUCAGAUUACUACAGUUUUCUUUUUCUUCUUACCCAUGGGCACCAUCAGCAUCCUCUACCUCCUCAUUGGUCUCCAGCUAAAGAGGGAGAAGAUGCUACAGGUUCUAGAGGCAAGAUCUGGUGCCGACGGAGACAGCUACCAGAAUGUCAGAUUGCAGCAAGAGAAAAAUCGGAGGAGGCAGGUUACUAAAAUGCUGUUUAUUCUUGUGGUGGUAUUUGGAAUCUGCUGGGCUCCUUUCCACACCGAUCGUCUAAUGUGGAGCUUCAUUGACCACUGGACUAGGGAGAAGCACCAGAUAUUCGCCUUUGUUCAUGUAUUCUCCGGGGUGUUCUUCUACCUCAGCUCAGCCAUUAACCCUGUGCUUUACAACCUGUUAUCCACUCGCUUUCGUGAGAUGUUCAAGGAGGUCAUGUGCCGUGGAAGGAUAAAGAGGCUGAAUUCCCGGAGGUCAUCACCUAGUGUCACUCGUGUGACCACGCGGAGCACGGUGUGUGAGCACAUACCCGGGAAUGGUGCAAUGCCAAUGUCUGAUAUGGAAGAGUUUGAAGUGUAUCUUGAAAGUGAUAAUGUAAAAAAUGAAACAUUUUUAUCCUGAACUUCUUAUCUAUCCUCUCUUGUGGUGUGAUCCAAACUCCAGGUUGUGUUUGCACAAUUUCCUGCACCAUCCAGUGUUUUUUUAUUUAUUUAUUUUUUUGAAUGCAUAGUCUGAAUUGGAUUUCUAUCACACCUGGAGCUAUUGUACAGCUGCACAUGAGACAUGAAGCGUCUUCACUACCAGCGAGAUGUGCAAAAUAUUGCAAAGCAAUACAAAUAUACAGCCAGCAUUAAGCAGGGAAUUGAAAAAGGCAGCUAAAUAUGACCCAAUUUAUUGUUAACGAUUAAAGCAUGUUUUUUUUGUGGUAAGGUAAAAAGUCUUCUGAGGAUCACACAACAAUAUUGGCUCAUUCACAGAUAGCAAUCAAAGGAUUAACCUGUUACAGUGCCGUGAAAUUAUCGACUAAUGUUUCAAACCUCUGAUUUGUGUUGAACACUUUAGUUUCAUGCUAAAUUGUUAGCUAAGAAGGUAGUUUACACCAGAGAACUGACCAUGUAAUGUUACUUCUCUCUGAUUGCCAUGUAACUUAAAACCUUAAAUAGCACAGACAGCGCUGCUAGUCAAUAAAAUGGAAAUGUGGAUAUCUUAUUCAGCUCCCACUGGCUCACACAGAAUUGUUAACAGCUUGGAAUCUCUUUUUAUUAAAACAAUGGAAAUGUA